AUGGCCCAAACAGACAUCCUCAUCAUCGGCGCCGGUAUGUCAGGAAUUGGCCUUGGCAUCCAAAUAAUUCGCAAAUACGGUACCAGGAACUUUGAAAUCAUUGAAAGAGACGCUGGAAUCGCCGGUACAUGGCGCGUCAACAGUUAUCCCGGCUGCGGCUGCGAUGUUCCCUCCCAUUUCUACUCGUAUUCAUUCGCGCCCAAUCCGAACUGGUCUGAGAAAUAUGCUAUGCAGCCCGAGAUCCAAGCUUACUUUGACCACGUUGCGAAGAAGUAUGGUAUCGAGAGGCAGGUGACUUUCAACUCUGUUGUGGAGUCUGCGUGCUGGGAUGAAGCUUCCGGGACGUGGGAAGUGGAUAUUCGGAAUCUCAAGACGUUUCAAGUCAUAAGCCGUCGCUCAAGAGUGCUCAUAUCUGCUGUUGGCGCUCUCUCUAUUCCCAAAAGCUGUGACAUCCCUGGUGCCGUGGACUUCCAAGGGGCUAUGUUCCACACCGCCAGAUGGGACCAUUCUUUCAACUGGAGAGGCAAAGAAGUUGUGGUUAUAGGAAACGGGUGCAGCGCAACUCAAGUCCUUCCUGUCAUCAGCGAUGGAAACGGCGCAGUCAAGAAAGUUACUCAAUUCGCCAGACAAGCGCAUUGGCUUGCUGAACGUCCUAACCCAACGUACUCGACCUCUUUCAAAUGGGUGAUGAGAUACGUCCCGUUUGCUAUGCGUGUGUAUCGCGCAUGGCUGUAUUGUCAGAAAGAGCGUGACUUUGCGGGCUUCAAAAUCGCCCAAGGACUCGUCACGCGAAAUCGAUGGGCGGAGGAAACAAUGGAGUAUAUACGAAAGACUGCGCCAGAGAAAUACCUUGACUUCCUUAUCCCCAAGACCGAGGUUGGCUGUAAGCGAAGAGUUAACGACACGGACUAUCUCGCCUGCUUGCACCGCGAUAAUGUUGAGUUAGUGUAUAAUGACCCGAUUGAGAAGAUUGAAAAGAACGGUGUAAGAACUGUUUCAGGGAGGUUCAUACAUGCCGAUGCAAUUGUUCUUGCGCACGGCUUCGAGACUCAGAAGCCUCUGUUUCCGAUGAAGAUAUACGGAAAAGGCAGAGUCACGAUUAAUGAGCACUGGGAUCAAGUCAGCGAAGGAGCAGCAUCGUCUUAUUUCGGAACAUGUCUCUCGCAGUUCCCAAACCUGUUCAUCAUGAUGGGUCCAAACACACUAAGCGGUCAUCUCUCGGUGAUCUACACAACCGAGUGCCAAAUCAAUUUCACCCUUAGAGUUCUGCAGCCGAUACUAAAAUGCCAAGCCGACAUUGUAGAGGUCACUGCCGAAGCUGAGAAGAGAGACAUCAAUAGAGUUCAGGAAAAGGCCAGAGAGCUUGUCUGGGCUACGGGGUGCACGUCGUGGUUUAUCGAUGAGAAGACGGGCAGAAACACAAUCAUGUUCCCGGACUGGCAAUACAAGUUCUGGCUGCGGAGUGUGUUUGUGUCAUGGGGUGAUUUUGAGUAUCGCAAUGUCAGCACUAAAGGUCCCGUCAGCAGUUGGCGGAACAAACUACCGCUACUUGCCGUAGCUGGCCUUUUAGGGUUUGUCUCAUUUUACCUCAGAUACUGA